AUGCCGUUUUUGAGGAUCCGCGGCCUGGCUUUGUCGUUUGGGGCAGUUACCAUGCUCCACCUCUAUUGGAUUUCAGUACAGAUCGGCCUCGCUAUUGGUUCCUAUGUGCCUGAUGGCGCCGAGUUCUGGGUAAUGGGCCUCUAUCUUCCUUUCGGCAUCGCUCUCUUUCACGCCUCGAAUAGCCGCUUCCUCCACGUCGCCAAGGCGCAGAGGAGAUAUGCCGGCACAUCGGGAGUUCUGUCCCAGCCCGAACAGAAGCCGUGCGACGGCAAGGACAAGACGCUCGUGGGACGGUUCCGAAAGCUAGACUACACCACCAAGAUGCUCGCCGUCGUGUGCACGGGCAUGGUGCUCCAGCUGCUUCUCACUGUCGUGAUGUGGCUCGUCUCACGCAAGUACCACCCUUGGUUUGGCAUCCCCGGUACCGAGGCCAAGGGCACCGAGGCAGAGCAGAAGGUCGAGAAGGGGAGAGGUUGGGAAUGGUGGCCUUCGGUCUUUUGGCAGUUCCUAUGGGCCUGGAUCGUCGCGCCCUUCAUCCUCUGGAGAUCACGUGGCAUCAAUGACACCCAGGGGUGGCGACUCCAGACCAUUGGAUGCUGUAUCGCGAGGAUCUGCCUUUCAAUCACCUUUAUCGAAAUCUUUGCCAUCUUCAUUCCUUGUUGGCAAGUCAUCAAACACAAGUCCCUUCGCCAAGAGACUCUCGAGUCCAUCGCCAUCUGGGAAGCCAAGAACCAGCAACGCGACAGAAGAAACUCCACUAUCACAGGCUCUACCAAGGUCGGCUCACAUCUGUCGACUGGUUCUACCUGGAAGUCUCUCGCACAACUUGAGAAGGACACAAGUCAGUCCGAAAGCAUCUACACAAUGGGUGCCCUCGAGUAUGUCCUUGACAAGAACCCCGAGCCCCUCAGGAAGUUCUCCGCCCUCAAGGAUUUCUCGGGGGAGAACAUCGCCUUCCUCUCCGCGGUUGGGGAAUGGAAGUCUUCCAUCCCCACCACUCCCGGUUCGAACAAGCAGCGCUCCAUGGAGCUCACUCGUGAGCGCUUCAACCGCGCGUUGCGCAUCUACACCGAGUUCAUCAGCCCUCGCCACGCCGAAUUCCAGAUCAACAUCGCGUCACAAGACCUCAAGAACCUCGAGGACAUCUUUGAGGACGCCGCCCGCAUUCUCUACGGCCAUCAGACAGAACGCUUCAGCGACCCAGUCGUGCCUUUUGAAGACCCCAACUGGGCCAGGCCUACUUCAUCUUCCAUUGCCUCCGAGACAUAUAGCAUGUCAGAUGUCGCAUCUCAGACACCAAUUGCAGACCGCGCACAGUACUUCGGUGCCAUUCCCGAGAAGUUCACGGCCGGCGUGUUCGAUGAUGCCGAGACGAGCAUCAAGUAUCUCGUAUUGACUAACACUUGGCCAAAGUUCGUCAAGGAGAGGAGGUAUUCAUUGGACUCGGAGGAUUCGCGGGAGUCGAGGGACACUGUGGAGACAUUCAACUCACAGUCAACACUUCACAGGGUGGUGAGGUACUUCAGGGCCAUGAGAGUGUAG